AUGGGAUAUACCAACGUCAACAAUCCCAUCACUAUCGAUGAAAGCGCAACGAAUUGGUACACACAAACAAUUUCCAGACAGGCACGUUCUCUCAUACCCAAGGAGUUUGAGAAACUCCCAGCUUUCGAUACCGUCAAGUUCAGUCAUCGCAAAAGCUUCGGCCCAGUAGUCGACACUCAUUGGCCACAGGACGCGUCCGAGAUGGUACUCACUCUGGGCACCUUCGACGUCCCGUCUCUGGAGUUGAAGCCUUCGGUCUAUAUCUACGUACGUGGAUUGAAGAAUCACCAUAUCGGGUACUUUUAUGUCAACUCAGACUCGAGCGUCCAUCGCGUGCAACCGAGCGGUCUCAGGCAUGUCGAUAUCGACGAACCGUUCUGUGACGUCGGAGACCAUUCAGUUGGUGAACAAACCGUUUACAACAGGAUACGGGCAAUGGCACUUUAUUUCUUCUUAGUUGCUGGUCACAUCGAAGUCAUUGAGAAUUACAGUCAUUUCUGGAUGGACUUUUCGAAGGCUUGCGGAUUUAUCGCAAACAGUGGCGUUCGCCCAAAGCCUCGCGCAAAAGCACAGAAACAGGAACCGAAAACUGUACCAGUAUCCGCUGCGACAUCAGUUCCGGGGCCAGAAGCGACUGACCUGACGCACGACACUGUCGCAUCCAGGAAACGCACCGGCGAUGAUGGACCCACGCCAACGGCAGCGAAGAUCAAGCGUCGCGAUUACAGCCAUAUCAUACACCCAUCCCACAGCACCAUACGGCGAUCAUUGAGCCCAGAAUAUCCGAUCAUGACAAUCAGCGCAGAAGCCAGGCUAGCAAAUAGUGAAAGAACAAACGCCCCAUUGAGAGCGGAGAUCGAUACGCAAGCCAGGGCUGUUGAACAGCUCAGAGCACAGAUGACAGUAAACCGCCAGCUCUCAGCGCAAGUCAACGGCCUCACAGCCGAGAUAAGCCGAGUCAAAAACGAAAGCAUGUUCAGUCAAAAUGCGUACCGCGGCAUCCAAGUUCAACACGACGAACUGGCAGAGCGACACGCUAACACGCUCCACAACGAGAACGCCCUUCGCGAUCAGCUCGGUCAAACUCAGGCACGUUGCGCACAAGCCGAGAGGCGAUCAAAGGCGCUGGAGAAGGAAGUGGAGGGUCUCAAGCAAAGAAUGAGAAGAGCGGGAGAAGCGUUGGACAUUUCGGCUUUUUGA